UCGUUCGAGACCAGACGCCUGCACCACCAACGACUGAGCAGUGAGCAACGCCUCCACCACCAACGACUGAGCAGCGAUCCAUUAUCCAGUCUAGCCUCCACUCCAGCACCAGCAGCGACCAUCGACCAGACCAGACACCAGCAGUCGACUCCAGCGAUUCCAGUCCAGUCGACUCCAGUCCAUUUGAGUUUGAAGAUUGAUCAUUGAAGAGUGCAAAUUACAUGGAUUAUGCUUAGAUUGAUACAUUGUCGAAGAGUUGGACUUAGACUUGGAACCUUGAAUUUCAAUAGAGAAUCAUGGAUGACAGUUUGUACGAUGAAUUUGGAAACUACAUCGGACCUGAAAUUGAAUCCGACCAGGAGAGUGAUAGGGAUGAAGAAGAUGAGGACCUCCCUGACAAGACUGAGGACGAGGUGGCUGCAUCCGAUGGUGAUCAAGAACAUGGUGCAUCUAAUGGUUGGAUGACUACCAUGGAUGAUGUCGAUAUGGAUAAUCAAAUAGUCCUUGCUGAGGAUAAAAAGUACUACCCAACUGCAGAAGAGGUUUAUGGUGAAGAAGUUGAAACAUUGGUUAUGGAUGAAGACGAGCAACCGCUCGAGCAGCCGAUAAUCAAGCCAGUCAAGAAUCUUAAGUUUGAGUUGGGGGUUAAGGAUUCAUCUACAUAUGUGUCCACUCAGUUUCUCUUGGGUCUUAUGUCGAAUCCUACUUUGGUUCGGAAUGUGGCCUUAGUGGGACACGUACAACAUGGGAAGACCGUUUUCAUGGAUAUGUUGGUUGAGCAAACUCACCAUAUUUCAACUUUUGAUCAGAAUAGUGAGAAGCACAUGAGAUAUACGGAUACUAGGAUAGAUGAGCAAGAGAGAAGGAUAUCCAUCAAGGCGGUUCCUAUGUCGCUUGUUCUUGAGGAUAGUAAUUCGAAAUCGUAUCUCUGUAAUAUCAUGGAUACCCCUGGUCAUGUCAAUUUCUCUGAUGAAAUGACUGCUGCUCUCAGGCUUGCUGAUGGUGCAGUAUUGAUUGUGGAUGCUGCCGAAGGAGUCAUGGUAAAUACAGAGAGGGCUAUACGCCAUGCUAUCCAGGAGCGCCUCCCUAUUGUGGUGGUGAUGAACAAGGUUGACAGAUUAAUCACUGAACUUAAAUUGCCCCCAAAGGAUGCUUACCACAAACUGAGACAUACCCUGGAAGUCAUCAAUAACCACAUAACUGCUGCCUCAUCAACUGCCGGAAAUGUCCAAGUUAUUGAUCCUGCUCUCGGAAAUGUGUGUUUUGCAAGUGGCAGUGCGGGAUGGUCCUUCACUCUGCAAUCAUUUGCUAAACUAUAUGUCAAACUCCAUGGUAUUCCAUUUGAUGCAAAUAAGUUUGCAUCUCGUCUUUGGGGUGAUUACUACUUUGAUCCUGAUACCCGGGCUUUUAAGAAGAAACAACCUGGCAGCGGAGUGGAGAGAUCAUUUGUCCAGUUUGUGCUUGAACCUCUUUACAAAAUAUAUAGCCAAGUAAUUGGAGAACACAAGAAAAGUGUGGAGGUAACUCUUGCAGAACUUGGUGUAACUCUCAGUAAUGUAGCUUACAAGUUAAAUGUUAGGCCUUUGCUAAGGUUGGCCUGUAGCUCAGUUUUUGGUUCAGCCACAGGCUUUACUGACAUGCUGGUUCGUCACAUCCCAUCCGCCAAAGAUGCUGCAGCUAGGAAGGUUGAGCAUAUCUAUACUGGGCCUAAGGAUUCCACAAUCUACCAAGCCAUGGAAGAUUGUGAUGCUAGUGGCCCCCUAAUGGUUAAUGUUACCAAAAUGUACCCUAAAUCCGAUUGCAGUGUCUUUGAUGCCUUUGGUAGGGUGUAUAGUGGUGAAAUCAUGACGGGGCAGACCGUACGUGUUCUGGGAGAAGGCUAUUCACCAGAUGAUGAGGAGGAUAUGACAGUAAAAGAAGUAACAAAACUAUGGGUUUACCAAGCUCGUUAUAGGAUACCUGUAAGCAAGGCUCCUCCUGGUUCUUGGGUUCUGAUUGAAGGUGUGGAUGCUUCAAUAAUGAAGACUGCCACACUGUGUAAUCUGGAUUAUGAUGAGGAUGUUUAUAUUUUCCGUCCUCUUCAGUUCAAUACCCUUCCAGUGGUGAAAACAGCAACUGAGCCUUUAAAUCCAAGUGAGCUACCAAAAAUGGUGGAGGGUCUGAGGAAGAUCAGCAAGAGCUAUCCUCUAGCAAUUACUAAAGUUGAAGAGUCCGGGGAACACACUAUUUUAGGUACUGGGGAGCUGUACUUGGAUUCUAUAAUGAAGGACCUGAGGGAGUUGUAUUCAGAAGUGGAAGUCAAGGUGGCGGACCCAGUGGUCUCAUUCUGUGAGACAGUAGUUGAAUCGUCGUCAAUGAAGUGUUUUGCUGAAACGCCCAACAAGAAAAAUAAAAUAACCAUGAUUGCUGAGCCAUUGGAGAGAGGACUUUCUGAGGACAUUGAGAAUGGUGGUGUAAGCAUUGACUGGCCUCGAAAGAAACUAGGGGACUUCUUCCAAACAAAAUAUGACUGGGAUCUGCUUGCUGCUCGAUCUAUAUGGGCAUUUGGGCCUGAUAAGCAGGGACCUAAUAUUCUACUAGAUGACACACUGUCUAGUGAAGUUGACAAGAGCUUGCUGAAUGCUGUCAAAGAUUCCAUUGUUCAAGGAUUCCAAUGGGGUGCUCGAGAAGGACCCCUCUGUGAUGAGCCCAUCAGAAAUGUCAAGUUUAAAAUAGUUGAUGCAAAGAUUGCACCUGAGCCAUUGCAUCGUGGAACUGGUCAGAUCAUUCCAACAGCUCGACGUGUGGCCUAUUCAGCUUUCCUUAUGGCAACCCCACGGCUCAUGGAACCAGUAUAUUAUGUGGAGAUUCAAACCCCCAUAGACUGUGUCUCUGCUAUCUACACAGUGUUGUCGCGCAGGCGUGGGCAUGUGACUGCUGAUGUUCCUCAACCAGGGACUCCAGCCUAUAUUGUUAAGGUUUGGCCACUAAAUUUUGCCAACAAAGUGCAUUAUAGGAUCAUUUUGACUGACUUGCUUGUAAUUUCCCAUGAGAAUGGUGAUAGCUGAUGACAUCGGUUAUUUUUAGACCUUGAAGACCAUUUCCUAAAGCAGAAUUUUGCUCAGACAAUGUAAAAUAUGUUGUUGGUGCAUGUUUCCCCUUUAUAGUUGAACAGAGAAACAGUCCCAUUUUGAAGCUAUUGGCAUAAACUUUGAGUUUUUUUGCUUUCCUCUUUGUUGGAUCUCCAGUUGAUCUAAUACCUGUGGGAAAUCACUGAGAUUAUCAUGGUCUGCAUGUUAGUAUAUGUAUGUUUCUGCUUUAACAUUCAUUUUGUCUCUAUUUAUUGGCGUAUCUUGUAUUCUAAUUGGAAUUUCAGGCAUUUUUACCUGUAAUUGAAUCAUUUGGUUUUGAGACGGACCUGAGGUAUCACACUCAAGGGCAGGCCUUUUGCCUCUCGGCGUUUGAUCAUUGGGCUAUAGUUCCUGGUGAUCCUCUUGACAAGAGCAUAGUCCUACGACCACUUGAGCCUGCACCAAUUCAGCACUUGGCUCGUGAGUUCAUGGUGAAGACAAGGCGUAGGAAGGGAAUGAGUGAAGAUGUGAGCAUCAACAAGUUUUUCGAUGAGGCCAUGGUUGUGGAGCUAGCUCAGCAGGCUGCUGAUCUACAUCAGCAAAUGAUCUAACGAGCAACAAGAAAUGCUGCAUUGCCAAGCUCCUGUAACGAGCAUUUGCUGCUGCGAUAUUUCCCCCCCUCCCUCAUGUUUAUCCUAAGAUCAUAGAGUUCGAACAGGAAUUUUGUUGAAAAAAAAUAGAUUUUUUGAUCACAGGCACCGUAAGUUUAGUAGUUUUUGUAUUUUGUUCCAUAUCAUGUUACUCUAUUUGGUCACAAUCUAGUUAACACCAGUGUAAUGUUACAAAAUUUGUUCGAACGAUGUUUAGGAUGUGUGCAUUUUUAUUUUUGGGUUAAUUACAAGUUGCACCCUGAAAGAUAGUUGGAAU